GGCUUUUCUAGUCUUCUGGAUGAUAAAUAGGAUAAGUACGCGGCUGAUCAGGCUUUUGGUGUUCUCCCUCUCGCCGCUUCUUCUCUCUCUUUUCUGGGAUUCUUCGUCGGAUUUCUGAACAGUCGCUCCCAGUCAGGAUAAGGUAGAAGGGAAUCACAAUGGCGAAGAGUUCGUUCAAGUCAGAGCAGCCGUUAGAAAAAAGACAGGCAGAAGCUGCUCGGAUCAGGGAGAAAUAUCCUGAUAGGAUACCAGUUAUUGUUGAAAAGGCUGACAAAAGUGAUAUACCAGAUAUUGACAAGAAAAAAUAUCUAGUUCCAGCUGAUCUUACUAUUGGGCAAUUUGUGUAUGUUGUUAGAAAGAGAAUAAAGCUCAGUGCUGAGAAGGCCAUCUUCAUAUUUGUCAAGAAUGUUUUGCCACCCACUGGUGCAAUGAUGUCAACGAUAUACGAGGAACAUAAAGAUGACGAUGGUUUUCUUUACAUGACCUACAGUGGGGAGAAUACUUUUGGUGCAUUCUAAGGCUUGUGGUCAGCUAGUCUUCCGUAAAUAAUCAAAGAUACAAUCUGUAUAUUCUUUUUCCUGUCUUUCUCUUGACCUGAAUGGAUCAAAAUUGUUCCUUCUUUAUGUCCUUUGGUCAUAUAUCAACGCAGUUAUGGCUUUUCAAUUUAAUGGAAAAACAUUAUGACCUGGCAAUUACAUUGGUCAGCUUGCAUGUAAAUUAUAUGAUCUUGCACCCUGUGCUUUUACCUA